AUGGAGGAGGUCUUGGAGAGGCAAGAGCGAGAAAUAAGAGAAAGAAGGCGUAGACGAGCUGCAAGCAAAAAAGCGCAGAGAGAUCUAGAUCAACAACUUGUCAUGGCUGUGGCCAUACUUCAUGAAGAAAACCAAAGUAGUCGUGGUUCACAUGAAGGCCGUGCCCCAAAUGUUGACAGACAUAGGCAUUCUCGGGAACAAAAGUUUACAACUGUUAUACGAAUGUUGGCAUAUAGUGUAUUUGCUGAUCAGGUGGAUGAGAUUGCCCGGAUGGGGAAGUCCACUGCUUGGGAGAGUUUGGGUGAUUACGGAAAUCGAAAUGGCCAAAAAAGCAUCAUCCUUGAAGCCGUACCAAGUUUCGAUACAUGGGUCUGGCACGCCUUUUUCGGAGUUGCUGGAUCUCAAAAUGACUUGAACGUCCUGGGUCAAUCCCCGGUGUUCACUGAUGUUCUGAGAGGAGAAGCCCCAAAAAUUACAUAUGAAGUCAAUAAUACCAUCUACCAAACUGGGUAUUAUCUAGCUAACGGGAUCUACCCGAGAUGGACAACAUUUGUGAAAUCACUUCCGCAUCCCCGAACCCAGAAGCAAAAAUUAUUUGCUACAUAUCAAGAGGGUUAUAGAAAGGAUGUGGAGAGGUGCUUUAGUAUCCUUCAAGCUCGGUGGGCGAUCAUUAGGGGUGCGGCGCGUAUGUUUGAUGAUGAGGUGUUGAGGAGCAUCAUGAUGACAUGCAUCAUCCUUCAUAACAUGAUUGUGGAGGAUGAGUAUGAUUACGAAGCUGAAGAGGUGUACGAACCUGAUCCCAUGAACACUGCCUUGACCCGAAUUUAUGAAAAACCAAUAGGGCCAAAUGGAGGACCAGUGGAGCAUGAACCGUUGGUUAGAGAUGGUCUUUUCAUGAACCAUAUGAUUGAUCGAUAUACAGAGAUGCAAUCUUCGUAUAUUCAUGAACGCUGUCAAGUUGACUUAAUGGAGCAUUUAUGGGUGGUGAAAGGCAAUGACGGUGAAUGA